UCCGGGUGCGCAGGGCCGCGCGCGGCACGCGAACCCCUCCUGCAGGCGCCCGGGCGCUAGUUGAGCGCCGAGCCCUGGGCGCGCGUGGCGCCCCCUCCCAGACGCCUAACGACGAUGAGCCAAGACGCGGGGGUCGCGGGGAGCAGUGAUGAUCACAGUGCCUCUUCAGAAGAAAAAGAUUGCCCCAGCCCCAACCUAGAUACAUCAGGGGACUCUAAAUCAGGCGAGGACAGCAGUUCUGAGAGCGGUUCUGAAUCUGAUAAUGAGGAGGCAAAACCAGAAAAAACAAAUGGGGAGCUAGGAGAGUCUUCCGCCGAGGAAGCGUCUGCUCGGGUUGAAGAAUGGGAGGAUAAAGAAUUGCCCACACAGCAUUUUAAUUCAGAAUCUAAUAAAAUCCAGUCUCACUGUGAACACUGUAAUGCUGAAAAUAAACACAAUGAACUGGUGACUCCCAGGCUUCUUUCCCGAGGACAGUUUUUGCUGAAGGUAGAUGGAGAGGGAACUUACCAGUGCACGGAGACUGGUCUGAUAUUUGAGGUUAACAGGAAAGUUGAUAUCAAGUAUUGCGUCUUGUCCUGGAGCAAAUACUCAGACCUCAUUGUGAAGCCCUGGGCCGUCGGUGGACCCUUGUUUGAUGUUAAAUGUGACCCGCUCUGUCUUACCUCCAUUCAGUUUCCACAUUCCCUCUGCUUGGGUCACCGAGAUGCCAGCAUGACGUUCAAAGUCUUCCACGUUAAAAGUACUGGGGCCUCAUUAGAAUAUACUGUGGACCAUUCUGCCACCCACGUCAAAUGGCGUGUGAGCUCUCUUUCUCCUGUGGGACCUGUUAUUCAAAGCGAAGAGACGGUAUUCCACCACGGGGCGGUGAUCCUGUACAAAGCCAUCGACCAUAACCCGUCCUUGUCUUUUCGAGUGUAUGUAGCAACCAAUAAUGAAUCCUUCAUCAAGGAUAUUUCCAAGUCUGUAAAGCACUCCUCUAAGAAAUUCAUGAAAAUCGACAAGCCUCCAGUUUGCCAGAAGUUGCUGCAGAAUGGGAAGAAGUACAGGCUGAUCAGUGAGCCAGAAGCUGAGAUCACCCCAGAGGAAAUUGAAUUUGUGGAUGGUUCACUUUUAAAAUUGAAAAGUUAUAUUGAAGUGUAUCUGGAGCAACCAGUGGAGUUUAAAUUACUCUUGGUUGAAAUGGAUUCUGAGGAAAUUGUAUGGAAGGCAAAACUGAGAGAGUGUGACUGGGUUCAGCAAAAUCGGAACCAGAACAUUUCAAAAAGCAGCACAAGUGGUAACAGGCGACGAAAAAGGAGUAGCAGCUUACCCGAUGAGAUGGUCUAUGAUAAAAGAAUGAAGCAGAUUGACAGUUCAGAGACCAAGGCUUGAUAGCUGUGAAAAGACAGUAGAGAUUUAAGCACUUAACAACAGUACUCCAAGGAACCAGAAGAUGGAGUAUGUACCUCAAAAUUCAAGUCCAACCAGAAUUCAUAAAUCGAAGUUUAAAAACCCAGGCUUAAAUUACACAAGACAAGAUCUUAAGGCUUUGGGGGCCUCAUGUAGAUGAACCCUUUCAUCAAAAUACCUUUUAUUAUUGUAAGAAGGUGUGAAUCUAAAAGCAGAUAAACUCUAUAGACUAAAAUAAGAUGUUAUUCGCUUGGAGUUGAAGAGGAUGAUGUAUGUCUGAUUUUACUGUAUAUCACUAGAGAAUUGUUUAUUAUUUCUAUUAAAUGAACAUCAAAAUAAAUGAGGCUCUGGAAUUAUUUUUAAAACCUAACCAAAUUGGAAUACAUAUUUCUUUCAGUUUUAUUAAAAUAUAGUUGACAAAAAUUAUAUAUAAGUACACAAUGGGAUGCUUUGAUGUAUGCAUACAUUGUGAAAUAUUUACCGAUUGAAUUAAUUAGCACAUCUAUCACCUCACACAGUCACCUUUUUUUUUGGUGGUAGAACUCAUAAGACCUUCUCUUAGCAAAUCUCAAAGAGUAUAGCAUAGUAUUUAUUAUUAACUAUAGUCAUGCUGUAUAUUAGAUCCUCAAAAAUUAUUCACUUAUAACUGAAUGGGACACAUAGGAAAAUUUUUUCCUCUUUUGCAGUUAUUUGGCUAUUUAAAAUUAGCUCCAAGAACAAGUAGCUAGACAUAGAAUAAAAUGAUCAAAUACUACCUAGAAAAUUAAGGAUUUCCAGCCUUUUUCGAGUUGACUAUGUGGUAGCAAAUAAAUUAUUAAUGAUUUACUUUUGUUUAGAUAUUUUCACAUUUUUUAAGAUACUGAGUGACUAUCCUGAUGGUUUGAGGCUCAGCAUAUCACCAUAUUGCUUUUUAAAAUAUAGUCAUCUCUUAACUCUGAGUCACUUUGAGAUCUUGUUAAACUUUCGAUACAGAAUCUGACACGGUAGGUUUGGGGAUCAUCCCGAGAACUUGCGUCUUGGAUGGAUGGAUUCCCUGUGUGGUUUUUCUUGCAGCAGUUUGAGAGGAACAGAAGUCACAUGUGUUAGAAGACCACUAGGGGGCAGUGGCCGCCCUUUAGAAACCAUUCUUGAGUAAAGUGGUUAGGGUUCAAUAUAAAUGUUAGGUUCCCUUCAUUAGACUAUUGGCUCUGGAUGAGCGAAGUGUUAUGGUUCUGGCGGAGGGGCGGGAAGGAUUCUUCCUCUCACCCUCUUAUGGCAGCUCCAGGGUUUGUAAGGCCUGGAGGAUCCUUAAUGAGACUCUACCCCUGGUGAGCUUGGCUGUGUCAUAGCACAACCAUCUGAAAAGUGUGAACAUAGAAAACCCAGCUGGGGCUGGUAUUUUGUAUUGGGGCACUGGUUUGCAUUGGCAAACAUAAUCCCUUCCAGAAUGAUGACAUGGUUUCUUAGUGAACAACAGAUACUAAUAUUACAGACGCUGUACCCUGACUUUUCUGUGGAAUAUGCUCUUCCCCCUAAUGCCAGGAGAUGGCAGAAUGGAGACUGCAGUUCAUAUCUCUUGCUACCCUCUUAGGUGACCACUGAAGUUAGCGCUUUGUAUGUGAAGAUGCAGAGAUGGGCAAGGGGAAAAGUUGUAUAUUUUUCUUUUUGAGCCACAUAAAGUAUUUUUGGCGCCUUAUUUUUUUUUCCCUCCAGCCUAAUUUGUGCAGUUUUGCAAAACAAUUUCAUUCCCUGAAUCACUGAAUUAUCCUUGUGAGCAUUAUACCCCAGUUCAACCUUAUGUGUAAUCAUUCCCUUCGGUUCUUCUAAUAGUUUGGAAAGCAGGGAUUUUUUUGGUGCUUAAAUUUAUUUUAAAAGCAGUUAAAGUUUCAAAUCAUGGUAUCCUUUUUUAUAUAAAGAGAAUACAUUUUCAUUGUCAAUGACUAUAAAUGAAGUGUUGAGAGGAACUACUGAAUUCU